AUGCCUAAAUCUAGCGAUUUUGAUGAUUCUCGCUUAGCCGAGGCCUGCAAAGUGGUUCUAUCCCAGAAGAAGCCAAAUAUCACUGCAAUUGCGCGUGAAUUUCGCGUGGAUCGCAAGACCUUGACCAGACGCGUCGAAAAGGCUAAAUCGCUAAUUACACCUACCAAAUCGCUUAGGAAGGUCCUAGUGCCCUACCAGGAGGAAGCCUUGAUUAGCUGGAUAGUCAGGAUGUAUGGCUGGAACCUCCCACCUACUCCUGUGGUAGUAGCUGUAUGGGCAAAUCGCGCACUGGCGCGUUCGGGCCAGCCGGAUAGGCAGGUUGGUAAAAACUGGCCGUAUUACUUCAUGAAGCGCCUACCAACGCAUCUAGGCCUAGGCCCUAUGAAGCAAAAGACUAAGGAACUGAAGCAAAUCCAAGCGGAGGAUGCAGGGCUUCUUCAACACUGGUACGACCUACUAGAAAACGUUCUCCAUAACGUCCCUGCUCGGCUAGUAUACAACUUCGAUGAAUGCGGCUUUCAACCAGGUCAAGGGCGACCACGAAACGUUAUUGGGGCUAAAUCAUCUUGCCCUGAUCUUGCCGAAACAGAGAGAGGCGAAAAUAUCACUGCUCUCGAGUGUAUUACUGCGGACGGCUGGCAGAUGGACCCUCUCGAAACUCUCUCACCAGACACGUUGACGGCUAUAUCUCCCAAUGGCUGGAUUUCUGAUGAAUUAGCUCUAGCCUGGCUAGGCUAUUUUAUCCAAUCGACUGCUCAUCGUGUGAAUCGGGAUAAAAAGCGCGUCCUUAUAUUCGACGGCCACGGCGCGCAUCUUACACUCGAAUUUCUUCAAACCUACGAGGAUAAUGCAAUUAUCCCUUUUGCAUUUCUACCGCAUACAAUACAUCUUUGUCAACCACUUGACGGAAAACCCUUUCUGAAUUAUAAGCAGCAAUUUCGGAUGAUGAAUAAUAAGCUAGCUUUCUGGGGUGGCCAGCCCUACGGGAAAUCGGAUUUCCUCUCGAUUAUCGGGCCAAUUCGCAAGGAGGCCUUUUCGCAGCGGGUUAUCCGCGAUUCCUUUAGAGAGCGUGGGAUCUAUCCAGUUAAGGGUAGUAAGAUUGUAGCAGAUCUUACUAAUCAGCUAGAGAUCCCUGAUCUAUAUGCACCAGAUCUUCGAUGGGCAUCGCGUACACCAUCACCACGACCUAAUCUCUCGUCUUCUAGUGUUGAAAAUAGCCCUCCGAAAUCUAUUGAAGCACUAUCGAAGAAUCAGGCUAAGAUUACCAAACAUCUCGACAAGCUUGAUAGCAACUUAGGCAAAUUGAAGCGAAAUAUUUGCAGGGUUUUAGAGCAUCAAAAAGAGAUGGCGGAGGAGCUAGAUAUGACGCAGGAUUCGAUUCAGCGUAUACGGGAAUGCCAGCAGCCAACACGUCGCCAAUAUACUAAGCGACAGGUUAAGCCGCUUAGCCAAACUGGUAUAUUAACCACACGCGAUGCGAAUCGGUCAAUUGAGGCUAGGAAGAAGGAGGAUUCGGCUAAGCAAGAAAGGAAGAUAGUUAAGCUAUACAAGAAGGUGCAUGGCUGCGAACCCCCACAGCGGUCAGAGGAAUCUAUUCAGCGGGCAAUUGCAAAUGCGGAAGCGGCCAGAUUAGCAGGAGAGCCUUUUUUUGUUGAUAAUUAG